AAAAAAAAUGACAAACAGUCAAAUAAAAUUUCUUGUUUGGUGCGGUUUUACUAAAAUUAAAGAAAGCUUGGUUGGUAGCAAAACGCUGAAACUAAUUUUUUCAGUACCUUUAAAAAAAUUCAACAAAAUAUGGAUUUUGAAAGUGAAUUACAAAACUGCAGUAACAAAUCACAAAAGCGCAACAUUAUGGCGCCUAACGCUUCAGAUGUCAAUGGCGUUUUAUUCGAAGAUGAUGCAGCUACUCCAGACAUGGCGUUAUCUAACACACCUGUACAAAAAGCCGAUAACUAUCCCAAGAAGUUAGUGUGGAGGAACAUUAUAGCCUUCGCAUACUUGCAUAUUGCUGCAGUGUAUGGAGGCUAUCUUUUCUUAUUUGCUGCAAAAUGGCAAACAGAUAUAUUUGCAUACAUUCUUUAUGUGAUGUCAGGACUUGGAAUUACUGCUGGAGCACACAGACUUUGGGCCCAUAAAUCUUACAAGGCUAAAUGGCCACUUAGACUUAUUCUAGUAUUUUUUAACACAUUGGCUUUUCAGGACUCUGCAAUAGACUGGGCACGUGACCACCGUAUGCAUCACAAAUAUUCGGAGACAGAUGCUGAUCCUCACAAUGCAACUCGUGGCUUUUUCUUCUCCCAUAUUGGCUGGCUACUCGUCAGAAAGCACCCUGAACUCAAGCAAAAAGGCAAAGGACUUGAUCUUAGUGAUCUAUAUGCAGACCCAAUUCUUCGUUUUCAGAAGAAGUACUACCUUAUUCUGAUGCCCAUCGCUUGCUUCAUCCUACCAACAGUGAUACCACUAUAUUACUGGGGUGAGAAUUGGGUGACCGCAUUCUUUGUAGCUGCUCUGUUCCGUUACGCAUUCAUUCUAAACGUCACUUGGCUCGUCAACUCCGCUGCCCAUAAAUGGGGUGACAAACCUUACGACAAGAACAUAAAGCCCUCGGAAAACAUUUCCGUUUCGAUAUUUGCUCUCGGCGAAGGUUUUCACAACUAUCACCACACCUUUCCAUGGGAUUACAAAACCGCCGAACUAGGCAAUAAUAGGCUCAAUUUCACAACAAACUUCAUCAACUUUUUUGCAAAGAUUGGUUGGGCUUAUGAUAUGAAAACUGUGUCUGAUGAGAUAGUACAGAGUAGAGUAAAACGUACUGGUGACGGCUCCCAUCACCUUUGGGGAUGGGGCGAUAAGGACCACUGCAAAGAGGAAGUGGCUGCAGCUAUCAGGAUUAACCCAAAAGAUGAUUAAAUUUGAUUAUGUAUUUCAAGAGCACAUUACAAAUUUUAAUACUAUUAGAAUUCACACACUACUUGAUAAAUCUAUUUUAUCGUAAGCCAACG